AUGUCAUCGUCCUCCUCUCGCAGCCAGCUCGACCAAGGCAUCUCGGCUUCGCGCGCAGGCGGCGCACAGAAGCGACCACCAGCGACCAGCAAGGUACCGUCAAAGAGGCCGCGCUCCAAUGUCCGCCCUUCGCCAUCCAUCGGAUCAGCCUCGCGUCGAUCCGGGGAAGACUCUGCCACCGACUCUGGUUCGGCCGCCUCGAACGUUCGCAGACGCGCACGCGAGUCGGCCGCCAGCGCGGUCCAGGAUGACAUCAAGUGGGCGUAUGCAGAACGCGUCCUGCUCGACCGAACAUUGCGGCUUCACACGGUGUCUCCGCUUCACUUCUCUUCGCUACCGGCUUCGAUUCAAGAGGUAUCUCGACCGCUCUUCCAGAUGCUGAGAAACGAGCUCCAGCACUAUAUCAACUUGCGGCUCAGUGACGGGUUUGGAUUCCUCGAAUCUGGCGGCACCACGAUCGAUGCGCGGGAUCCUGGUAGCGGCGACCUCCGACCUCCAGAACGCAGGCGUCGAGCAGAUAUCGAUAAAGUUGGGCACGUCCGCAUCGGCUUCCUGGAGGACGCCGAGUUCACAGGUGCUCUGCAAGCAUCGAACCGAUCCGGCGAGGCAAGAGCGCGUCCAUGGGCAAUCGAGAUCGAGCUAGGCAAACCAGCAGCCGAGCAGGACAAGAACAAGAUCGCCUCGCUGCGUUCACGCUCCGCGCAGGAAGCGACACCCGCCGAGCUGUGCCACAUCGUCUUCGUCCCUGCAUCGACGACUCGCGACGAGCGAUCCCGUACCUCUCGCAGAUACCCGCUGAUCGCGACCAAGGCACCGUCGUCGGUUGCGUCCGGCGCCGAUCCGUUGCUCGCCACCUCGGUCAACGUGGGUCCUGUGGUGCUUGGUCACGCGCUCGACUGGAUCCAGAAACGCUUCGACUGUCGUAUCUCCUCGGCGGGUGGUGUUGCUGCCAUCUCAUCGCGCCUCCGUGGAUCGCGGCUCGAAUCGCUGGUCGAACUCAUCGUGCGUCAGACGCGCACCGAGAUGGGCAUCCAGGACGCUGUCGAGCGCACUCAGGAGCAGCGGGCCGCGGAUAGCGCUGUCAAGCCUGUGGAGCUCGUCUUUGGGUUCCCGCUCAAAGUCGCGGGCAAGGGCAAGACGAUGUCCGGCCCAGCACCCGAUUUGACCUCGCUGACGUUGACCGUGCCGUGGGAGGUGUGCAUGAGCCUGCUGGACGGGCUUGCGCUCGACGAACCACUGCUGCCAGCGUUGAACCACUACUUGUCGACGCACACGUCGAUUCCGUUGGACGCGCUGGAGCUGACCCGGAUCGGCGUUGCGGGCAUCAGCGUGGGUGCAGGCAGGAUUAAGAUUUCGAAGGUGCCAGGAGGCGAUGCUGCGGGCAAGGCGAAGAAGAGUCUGCUCAAGCGGACUCAGCAAGGCGAGGAGGAGGGCGAGCCGAGCGAUCGACGCAGGGCUGGCGCCGUGUUUGGGUUCCUCAGGCGGGUGGUGGAGGGUGAGGAGGGUGGGGAAGAGUGA